AUGAUUUCUGGCCUGUCUGGUGCUUUCGACGACAAAGGUGGUACGUUCAAUAACCCCAGUGUCUUGCCCCAUUCAAAACUAUUGGCUGUUUUCUAAGAAUUUCUGCUUUUAACAUCAACCGUAAGAAUCAGGAGAGGACCUUUUGCUUUCUUCAACCUGCAGGACAAAGCGUUUCAGAUGCUAUUCUUGAAGUACGCAAUGUCGUCUCAGUUCUUCCCCUUGUUGCGGAUGUGCCCGUAAAACUCCUUGGAGUAUGUAACAUUUUUGCCAUCGGCCGCCAUUUAAAUUAAGUUAAGGUACUCCGUAACUCAGUUUUCUAUUGUUGCAAUCGUCCAUUUUCAUAGCCUGAUCAUAUUCAUAGAACAACUGACAUCAUUUAGAUAAUCUUUAAAUCAAAAAGUUAAUGGAAGGAAUUUUCCAGUAUCGCUACUCUUAACCAACUAGGUCUUCUGUGAAAUGUUGGGCUGUCUGACGUCUUGGCCACGCGCGAGUAUAUGCGAUAUAAUCAUCUAAUGCAUUUGAUGGUUAUGAGUUCACAUCAGUAACGUGUCCUCCUCCUCUCGUGAAAAAAACAGAUCCAUGCAUUUAUGUCACUGUCCUUCUCAAAAUCCUGAGCCAAGACCAGUGUUUCUGGUGAGAUGUUUGUCCAGUAACAGUUGCUGCACUUUGUACUAACAUUACGUCUUUGAGCGUUUGUUGAGGGAAUUUUUCACUCUAUUCGACGGGUGUUAAUGUCACAAGGCAAAAUGAGUUAUUCUGCCUGAAUAUCCAUUUUUAAAUUCGAUCGAACUGUCAGCUCCCAAGAGCCGUUAAAAUAAAAUUAUUACAUUCUAUCCCACGGCAGAAUUUAAAUCCGAUCUAGAGGAACGAUGGAAUACGUACAGGAAAAGUCAACAACCGUUCAUUCCUACUCAAACAGGGAACACUUCCAUGAUUUUGUAGUAUUACAGUAAAUAUUUCUUUGAAUAGUUUGAACCAAACUUAUUCACCUUUGUGUUUAAAUCUCUCUCAACAGAAGAGUCGACAAUCUCCAAGACUAAUUUCAGUGGUUAAUUUUUUUAAAUACUGAACUUUCCCUUGAUGCAAAUAUAUGAUGCUCUUGCUCAGAGACUAUUGAUUGAAACUGGUCAGAUUUGUUGAAGAGACCAUGAACGGUUAUGUGGAAAACUUUCAAACAGCGGCCAACUUAUCUGUUAAGUUAUCAGCUUGUUUAUUUUCAUUGUUUCAUUUGUAUCACGGACCGGUUUGAAAAACUUCGGCAUACAUGCUGCACAGAGAUGACUUUUUGGAGUCGAAUCUGUGCUUACGCUUCUGUUCUUAGAAUGGUCAUAAGGGGUUUGACCGAGAACUUAGGCCAGACAUUGGUUGCGCCUUCCCCAUUCAGUACACUUUGCCAAUGCUAAAUGUCUACGAUUAAACUGAGUGCCUGCUGAGAUUGCAAGGCAUUUUUCCAUUGACGGAACAUUCGUUUCUAGUUCGAUCGUAUUCAUAAAUCCGGACAAACUGGUUACCUCUCCGACAGCCUCCACAUCCACUAGAUUUUUGAUCAUCCUUGUGUCGAUAGUAACAUUUUUUACUUAUUCUGCCGUUGAUUGAAAAAUUCAGCAUCCCUUUUGUUUGGAUUCUUAUUUUUGAGACUUGGGCUCGCUAGUCGUUCUCGUGGUGCAUUAAUAUUUCUUCCAUAGUGCUUUGUUGUUUUCCACAGGUCACCUCGCAGACGGCUCCGCAAUUUGAUUUGCAAGCAAGCGGCCUCAGUGGACUUUAGCCCUACGUACCAUAAAAAGGUACAUUACACUGCAACCUCCGCUCAGUUUUCUGGUAUUUAGACCGUAACUCGGCCAAGAUUGGAGUUCGUUCUAUCGACUUUCUUUUCUUUCUCUUCUGUUUUUGUAUAAUGUGGUCAGAAUUGUGCUCACACGCUUUGAGUUUGUGCAGUCUGGUCGUUCGACGCUUUCUAGACCUUCUGCAUGAUCUUGGGCUGUUUUAAACUUUCUAUGCUCUAUGAAUGCCGUCAUCAUUUCCGUGAGAAGCUUGAGAUUCUUUUAAGUUUCUAGGUGGUAUGGGGAGAUCAAAAUAUUCACCACACUGUGCCUGAGCAAUCUUUUCCGUUGCGUUCACGCUCAGUUCCAGAACAGGCCACAGAAUAACACACCUUCCUUCGUGAUCAGUAGCCUGGUUUUCGUUAUGCCUUUUUUCGGGUUACUAUGAAAAUUCCAAGAAAACUUUCCCCAGGGAAUGGAGAGUGGUCUAUAUAAGCCUACUGUAGAUAAAUCUGAACCCUCUCUCCCAGUCCACAUUGACAUUUAAAAUAUCUAUCAAGUGGGCUGUGGUGGGGGAUGUUGGAUCUGUUUUAGGCGCAUACGUUUCCGCAGUUGAACCUUCAUCAUUCUCCCUCAGGAGAGCAUAGUCGCCGGCUUGAAGCUGCUGUUAAAAUGAGCAUUCCUGCACUUUGGAUGUCUACCGCGCACUCACCUCCGGUGAUGAUUUGAUCUUCGCUCCCACAGGUCUUUCGCGCUGUAACCGAUCUGAAUUUUGAAUAUCGGGUAAUUGUGCGCGAAUUCUAUCUUGCAGAAGUCUGUUGGUUUCCAUCAUUUGGUUUUAGGAAGUUCGAAAGCAUGGAUGUCGGUAUAUGGAAUCGGUUGUCGAUUUUUUCACUUCAUGGUCAAGUGAACUUGAUCAAGUUUUUUAUAGGAAAUUCCGGCCUUUGUCAUCGUCAGCUCAAGGCCCGAUCGAGUGUUCUAGCCAUUGCAUUUUUGUUUCUACACUGGACAUCUAGGCGGAUGGCACUUUGUACAAAAAUAUGGGUCUUUCUCGAUUCGGAUAAACCCGCUCAAAUUAAUUAAGGGCACAUCUUAGUUCUUCCGAUUGGGACGAUUUUUCCCCGAGCUCCCUUCGAAUGUUUGGACCGUUUAACUUUGUAAAGUCUAGAAUCCACUUCUUUGUCGUUUUUCCCCAGAAGAAACUAACCAAUUCCAACGAUGAAUUUUUUUCCUUUAUCUUUACCACGCAUACUACGACGACCUUUUCGUCGCUUUUAUCUUUAAAAGAGAUUUCAAUCUGCAUAUGACCCGCCGUAUUUGUCUGCAACCGAAGAGGUUGGCCAGCGAUGUUAAGUUCAUUAAGAUUUACUCAUUAGGUGUCUCUAAACGCACGGCGGGCACGGGAAUAUUUCAUAGAAGAACGCAACUUCCCAUUUUUUAGACGAUUUCAGAAAUUCCUUGACAGAUUCCAGGAGAACUGUGGAUAGUUCCACUGCAUUCCUGCCUUAAAAAUUUACUAAAUACUCGAUUGUUGCGCUUCCCAACACCCAGAUUUGGACAGGUGCCGUUCUUGGAGUCAUGGAUUUUACUCUUUAGGACUUGACCGUAGCCAUUUGACGUUUUCGGCAAAAUUAUUGUUCAGGCGCAGCUGAUGUCCCGACAAACACUUUUUAAGAAUAACGUUAAGGAGAAUUUUCCAUUUUUGUUGUGCGAGAUAUCUAGUCUCACUCUCAAAAGUGAAUUUUUUCAGUUCGUGGAAUGAGUCACACAUUCUUCCCUCCCUGAAGCACGGUUUUUAUGCAUAACUUGGCGUCUUUCUACCAGUGGAAAUACUUUCAGCAGCCUCGAAAAUUAUGCUGGCUGUCAUCAAAGAUAAGUUGGUGUAUCACUUAACAGACAGUAGUUUACUGAAUGUGGUCUGGUAUGGAUUCUUGGAGACCCGGUCUUGUGAUACCUACUGGCUCUCUUCCCUGGAUCCGUCUUCCCAAUUUAGGCACAUCGGUUUCGCCCUCUGCACCGUCUAUUUCGACCUCAACAGGACUUUCGAUUAUUUCGACCAUUCCCUUCCUCUCUAGAGACUUCUAUAUUUCGGAAUAUAUAAAUAACUUCAGAAUUGCAUAUCCUUUUAUCUGCGUCCGGCACUCGGUGCCUUAAGAUUUCCGGCAUUCGAAUUCGGUUUCGAAUUUUUGACCUCCGAGGGAUUUGCCUUUUCUGGGAUUUCUGCCUACUGGACGCAUCGCGGGCCCAUUUGGAUUAGGAAAUUGAAGCUUUAUCAGCAAUUCCUCUAACGAUCCACACGGAACUCCGACAGAACUUCCUUUGGAACGACCAUACUCCUUCGUAUCAAUUCUCUGCCAACAGCACCCCAGGACUCUCCUGAUCCAAGAGCGGCUGAGUCGUUUGCUAUUUGCUUCAUAUUGUUGGCUUGGUUAAAAAGCUUCUCAUACACCUUUAAAUACUUCGUGCCGUACCUAGAAUACCUUGCAUAUCCUUCGAAUUAAUAAUGGCAGUCGACAAAACACCAUCAGAACAAUGUGCAAAAAAUUGCCCCAAGUGGGAUUCGAACCCAGGUCCCGUCGUUGGGUGAGCAGCGUGAUCGCCACUACACUAUCGGCGCACGGCGAACGGACUGAAAUAAAUAAAGGAGUAAACAUUAUUCGUAGUACAAAUGACUGCAACUCUUUAUAUAUCGCUGUUAAGUCACCUCCCGCUAAACGAGCAAGGAGCCUAGUAAGUUGUAUGGAUAUCAAAUACGAAGACGAAGCCUGUACGACAUGUUUCGGACUCCUUCAAAAAUUUGCGGAAAUGGAGAGGGAGAUAAAGGGCCUUAAAGUGGAGAUGGAGAAGCUGAGGAAUCUCCCUCGCUAUUCAUCCAAAGAGAAUGAAAGCGAGCGAACUUACGCAAACACGGCUUCCUCGGCUGUGUCGACGGAGGAGAAAGAAAAUAGUAGGUCGCUAGAGCUUGAUAGGAAUGACACCCAGUGUCUUGUGAGAAAAAAGCGCGGUCAGACGCGAUCUCAGCGAGCAAAAAGAAAUCUCAGGGUACCUCGAAAAGGCACAGAGAGUCAGACGAGGGAACAAGAGUUGGCUACGCCUCACACGAAAAUCGCGCCGCUGAAAACGAAAAAUGAUCAAAAGAUCGUAGUAAACAGGCAGUCAUGCGUUAGUCCUGCUGCAUCAAACCUUCCUAAAUCGGUGGAAGGUUGUAGCCGGGAUGCACGCGAUGAAGACUCUGUAGGUAUGAUUAUACCACAAGGCCGUCUAGUUGAUCGCAGUAAAUGCAUCGUUAUAAAGGGCAUGCCUGAGUCUGUUUCCGACGCUUCAAAGGACAGAAUACAACAUGACAUAGAAAUAUUCCAGGAAUAUCUCAAAUCGAUCUUAAUAAGAGACGAAAAAGUCACAGUAUUAAAGGCUUUCAGGAUGGGCAAAAUUAAAGACUCAAAACAAGAUCCAGACCGACCGAGACCGUUAAAAAUUGUCUUUGAGAAUGACGAACAAGCACAGCUACUUUUGAGCAGGAAAGCUGCGCUUAAACACGCCCAUCCAUCAGUUUUUUUUCAGCGGGACUUUUCACCCGCGGAGCGAGAAAAAUGGAGGGGGCUCAAAUUGGAAGUCCUCAGGCGGUUGAGUCUGGGCGAGACAAAUCUCCGAAUAGUGGACGGAAAAAUUAUACGCGUCCAGAUGCCAUUCCUCUGGAGAAAGCCCAUAACUCUAACAGCUUAGGAGUGAUGGAAAGCAGUUCAUCCCGAUCAGCUCCGACCGGCUUUUGCAUUCAAUCCCAAGAAAUGGAUAAACGCCUGUAUGCCGGAGUUGCUCGUGCCAAAUUGAGAUUUUUGUAUACCAAUGCUCAAAGUCUCGUUUUGAAAAUCGACGAACUCAAAGCGAGAGUACCGGAACAAAUCCCCGACGUCAUCGCCAUAACGGAAACUUGGCUUAAUGCCGAAAUCAUGGAUGCUGAGAUUUCGAUACCGGGUUACCAGCUGUUUCGUAGAGACCGUCAAAAUAGGCAGGGCGGAGGGGUAGUCAUAUAUGUAAGGGAAGGAAUUUCAGCAGUUGAAAGAGCCCACACCCUAUCCCUUGAAUAUGAAUCCGUCUGGAUAAAGAUAAAGAAGAGCAAUGCACAAAAUCUAGAAUUUCUGGCGAUUUACAGACCACCAAAUCUUCUGAGUACAGCUGAUGAGUUGCUCCUUGGUUUAGUCAAAGACGUAGCUAGCCACCAAGAGGUACUUAUUGCUGGGGAUUUCAACGCACCUGCAAUAGAGUGGGAAACUAUGGCAGUUAAUGGUGGACCAGCCUCUUUCAGCAAUAAGCUACUGGACCUCACACUCGAUCUCCCUCUGGCGCAACAUGUGAAGGUACCAACAAGAUUUCGAGAGAACCAGAGAGCAAAUUGUCUAGACCUAGUUUUCACUAAGGACUUCUCUAAUAUCGACGAAGUGUAUUCCAAUGCACCUCUCGGGAAAAGUGACCAUACCACGCUAUUAUGGGAUUACUCGCUCUUCUCUAAACGCCAGAAGAGAACAGAGGGCCAACCUAAUAUAUGGAAGGCAGAUUUUAAUAUGAUGAAGAACGAAUUGCUGUCCGUGAAUUGGGACCAAAUAUUCAGGGGAGAUCCGGAGGACGACUGGAGAUCUUUUAAAACGAUUUCACUCGAUCUGAUUAGGCGCUGUUGUCCACCUAAAGUACAAAAAACAACUAGUCGACCUGCUUGGUUAACUAGGGACCUAAAUAAGCAGCUACGGAAGAAAAGCAAAAGAUGGAAAAUAUUCAGGGAAACUGCGUCACCAGCACAUUUCGAAGAAUUUCGUCGUCAACGAAACGCCGUCAAAAAAUGUAUCCGUCAGGCACGGAAGGAGUAUGAAUCCAAAAUUAUACGACAGGCUGAACAGAAGCCUAAGAUUUUAUUUCACUAUCUGAACAGUAGACUGAAAAAUAAGGACCCGGUCGCGGUGCUGAAGGAUGAUAAUGGUGUAGAGAUCAUUGAGCACAACGAGAAAGCCGAACACUUAGGACAGUAUUUUGCCUCCGUUUUUACUAGAGAAACAGAGUUUCGCUGUAGCAGUGCCGGCAAUGCUCUUGAGACUGUUGGUCCCGUGCUUGACUCCAUACUCUUCCCGGCAGCUGCCGUGGAAAGGGAGCUGAAAAAUCUCAAAGAAGCAAAGUCCUCGGGUCCGGACAAUAUACCGGCCAAAUUCUUGAAGGAACUGGCGAAUGAACUUUCCAAACCACUGGCGCACAUCUUCCGCUCGUCAUUCGAAUUAGGGAGGUUGCCAUCGGAAUGGAAGACAGCAAAUAUCUUUCCGAUAUACAAGGGCGGGGCUCGCACUAAUGCUAACAAUUACCGGCCUGUUAGUCUAACCUGCAUCUGCUGUAAAAUAAUGGAGGCCAUAGUUAAGAAAGCAACUAUGGAGUUCCUGGAGCAGGGCCAUUUAAUCUCAGACCUGCAGCACGGCUUUAGACAGAACCGCUCGUGUCUUUCCAGUUUAUUGCUCUCGACGGAGCAGUGGACUCGCGCACUGGAUGAGGAUGGUAGAAUGGAUGUCAUAUACACAGACUUUAAGAAGGCGUUCGACAGCGUCCCACACCAACGCCUAAUCUACAAACUUUCUGAAAUUGGGAUAAGAGGAAGGCUGCUGACAUGGAUAACAGAUUUUCUUAACGGGAGAUCGCAAACCGUGUGCAUUGAGGCCUCAAGGUCAACUCCUACUCCCGUUCUAAGUGGUGUACCCCAGGGCUCCGUCUUAGGGCCGUUGCUGUUCCUGGUUUACAUUAACGACUGCGUCGACGACCUGGGAUGCAGCGCCAUCAUGUUUGCUGACGAUGUUAAGCGGUGGAGAUCCAUCAGAUCUGAUGCAGACAGGUACGCGCUUCAAGACAGUCUCAACCGCCUAAACAGUUGGUCAGCUCGCUGGCUCCUCAAUUUUAAUGUGGACAAAUGUGUAGUCCUGAGACUCCGCACCAGACAGACCAGUAAGGAGGACGAUUCCUUUCAAUAUGUCCUUGGUGGUCAGUCCCUUUCAAAUGUUGUGGAACAGAAGGACCUGGGAGUCCUAAUGACCUCCUCGCUGAAACCAUCUUCACAGUGUCAAAGGGCAGCCAAAAGUGCGAUAAGGGUGUUAUUUGCGCUGAGGCGAGGAUUUGUGCAGAUCGACAAGGAGCUGUUCGGAAAAACCUAUGGGGCAUUCGUCCGGUCUCACUUAGAGUAUGCAGUCCAGGCCUGGCGAACGUGGUUAAAGAAAGAUUAUCAAAGACUGGAAAGAGUACAGGCGAUGGCUACGAAGAUGGUCAAGAAUCUUCAUCAUUUGCCUUACGAAACCAGGCUGACUGAACUAAAUCUGUUUCCUCUAAAUUACAGGCAACUGCGCGGCGAUCUCAUUCAAACCUACAGGAUUGUCAGAAGCCGAGAGUGUGCCCUAGAUUUUGAUGAAUUCUUUGAAUUGGCCCGGACUGACCGUCUGCGUGGUCAUCCGUUCAAACUGAAAAGGAAGCGGGCUAAUUCGGACGUCCGACGGAACGCCUUCUCACACAGGGUCAUCGGGGCAUGGAAUGGACUCCCUGAUGCCGUUGCUCUUUCCGAAAGUGUUAAAUCCAUUAAGUGCAGACUAGACGCUCACUUGUUGAGAACCUACUGUACAUACAAUCAUGAUUGUUUUAGCGGCGGCAGUUUGCGCCUGGCUCACACUUACCGCUAACUUAUUAACUUUUCGCAUUUGUUGAUGUAAUUGAUGACUUUAUUUCUGUUUAUCGACAUGAAUAGGGUGCUCAAGGGCGAAAGCCUCAUUCCCUUAAUAAACUGACUUAAACUGACUAAACCCGAUGUAUGCGAGGGAGGAAAUUGUUCAUGACAGUACGCUUUAUCUGCUCCUUUUUCAUUUUUCUCUUAAUGAUGUUUUAUAUUUACUUCAAAAUAGUAGGCCUUUUGGUAGGCGUAUGAUCUGAAAGUUUCCUAACAACUCAAACCGGCAGAUCGCAACAUCGUGCUCGAGCUCUUGAAAAUCAGUCCUCAGGCCUCUUCCCAAUGAGGAUGAACAUGGUACUUUCUUCUUUUUUAGCUUAAACGCUUAGGUAUGGUUGUUGACGACGACCGUCAAUCUCAGCUAAGUAUUGACAGCCACGACAUAAAUGUGCUCGGAAUUAUUAAAGGCCUGGGUAUACCAUGUUCAAAAUGCCUCACAUCUUCAAAUCACUGGUCUCCGGUGGUCUCAAAAGGAUGUAGAACGACCGGACUAAUCCUCCCGAAUCUUUUGACUAGACUUUUUAGAACCCGUAUCUAUAAAGUGUACGUAAGACCUGGCCUGGAAUGCUAAUAGUUUUUAUCUAGCCUCUUAGACGGUGGCGACCGGAAGAAACAACAAUCCGCCCAGCAUCUUUUUACCAAAAGAGUUCUAUCCUCGAAACUUCGAAAGUUAAUUUGUCAGGUAUUUUGUGGACCUGCCAGCCUUGAUCAUUUGUGGGUUUUCUGAUUAAAAAAGAGACUAUUCACUGUUUAGGCUACUAAACCUUGGACUUUGGUCCGCUUGCUUCUCUAAAACAGCUUGACAACCUCAAAGUAAUAAGCCCCGUGAGGCCUUUUCGUUUGUGUCCCAGGCAGGCAAAACAAAAUAUAACCAGUUCUUUUUUGUUAAUGUAAUGGCUGUCUGGAACAACUUUCCCAGAAACGUAAAAAUCCCGGAAAAUUAUUGCAUGUUUCAACAAAUUGUCCUUCGUUUUCUGCACUCAAAACAACUUCCUCAGUCUCUGAGUGCCGAAUCUACCUGACUCAUCUUCCAUAAUAAUGUCAUUCGUGGUUUAUCAUCUCUUCAUCUGAUCCCAUCUCAAGGGGAAUGGUGCUGACUGCAGUCGGGUGCCCAGAGGGCAAAUUCUUCAGCCUGUGGCGAGCAAAUGA